AUGGCCGUGGCACGGGUGACAUGCGAAGCUGGUGUGCAAACAAAUGGGAACAAAAGAAACCAGGUUUUGAAAAUUGGACAUGGUGGAACUUUGGACAGUGCAGCAGCAGGAGUUCUGGUGGUUGGUAUUGGAAAAGGAACAAAAAUGCUGAAAACUAUGUUGGCAGGUUCCAAGAAGUACACUGCCAUUGGACUACUGGGCAAAGCUACUGAUACAUUAGAUGCUACAGGAAAAGUAACCGAAGAAAAACCUUAUGACCAGAUAACAAAAGGAGAUCUUGAAAAUGUGCUGCAAAAGUUCACAGGGGACAUAAUGCAGGUUCCUCCACUCUAUUCUGCUUUGAAGAAGGAUGGAGAAAGGCUAUCAACUCUGAUGAAGAGAGGAGAAGCAGUCGAAGCAAAGCCUGCUCGGCCAGUGAGAGUGUACAGCCUCUCUCUCCAACAGUUCCAGCCACCACUAUUCACACUGGAUGUUGAAUGCGGUGGUGGCUUUUAUGUCAGGAGUCUGGUCAGUGACAUUGGCAAAGAACUCUCUACCUGUGCCACAAUGCAAGAGCUGACCCGAACCAAACAUGGGCCAUUUACGCUAGAGGAGCAUGCCCUUUAUGAAGACAAAUGGACAAUUGAUGAAAUUGCACGAUCCUUAGAGCAUUGCACGUCUCUUCUCCCGGGAGAGCCAUCUCAUAAAAAAUUGAAGACAGAGCAUCCUGGUGAAACGGCUGUGAGCUGUGAAGAUAAGUGAUAAGUUGGGUCAAGGAAAAAGACUGAAUGAUUGAGACAUUUUAAGAUUGGAUUGGGAUUGUCUUGCCUCCUGUGUAAAUUUACAAGUCUGUCCUGGGAGGGUGACAAACUGCAGUGCAAGAAAAAUGGUUCUUUUGUUUUCUGGGAUUAGAACAUGCACUGAAAAUAUCCAGCACUUGCUGUUUCCUGAUCUUUUUAUUUUCCUUCUUGCACACUGUAAAUGGGUCUGCCACUGAUGUCAAAUCUUUUGUAAACUUUUAAAGAACUUACAGGGUGC